AUGCGUCUACUCCAUCCGGUAUUGCUACCUAUCGUCAUUGUCUUCGCGUCCAACACGAAACUACUUCAUGCCCGUGCGCUUGAUGGUGACGAGACGGAUGUCUCGGUUCGCAGGUUCCUCCGAUCCGACGCAGCAGAGGCCGGUGGAGUCGAUGGACAAACGACCAGUAGGGUCGCUCGUUUUAUCGAGCGCAUCUUUGAGAAAUCGGCCUCGGCACCAAAAGCUGCCACGGCAAUUACGAAGGCUCAAGUCACAGCUGACGAGGCAUUGCUAUCCAAAAAGGCCAUCUCUUUGGACAAGAUCCAUCUGAGCGCAGUCAAUGCUGAGAGAUUGGUUCAAAUGGCUACUAAAGUUGCCGAGAAAACCAAAGGAAAGAUGCGUGACAGCAUCCUUCAGCUGAUUAUUAAAUUCGCUGAACAACAUGGCAUUCGAAUGGGAUUGUAG